AUGACGGGUAUGACCGCUACCUACAAGGGGCCGGUGUCAGCUAUGGAGUACCUGGGAAUCAAGGUGAAGCUGACAAACGAGGAGGAACAGGAAAUAAAGGACUUCUUCACUAGAUACGACACUGAUGAUAACGGCAUGUUGGAUCUGGAGGAGCUACAGAAACUGUUCGCUAACUUCAACGUGGUGGCGCUGCAGGACGACAUUAAAGCGUUCUUCGAGCGAGUAGACAAGGACAAGGACGGCACAGUGGACUAUGAUGAGUUGAUGACGUAUAUAGAGGAGAUACUGGCUGAGAAGUACACUAGUGAGGACAUAGAGAGCGCGUUUAAUCUGAUAGAUGAGGAUGGGAGUGGGGAGGUGUCGCACGAGGAGGUGGCCGUUGCCAUGGCGAAGGCGGACGUGGGGAUUCCUCAUGAUGAGAUAUUGUAUUUGUUGGAGGAGGCGGAUCUUAAUAGAGAUGGGACUAUCAGUUUCUCAGAGUUUAGGAGCAUUCUCUUUGGACUGUGA